UUAUUGACCUCUCAUUCUCUCCAAAGCUCCCUCUCUCUCUCCCUCUCUCUCUUUCUCUCCCUCUGCUACUCAUCUUGUUUCCAUGGGUAGAGUUCACGUGCCAUGUUUAGCUCUGCUUCUGAUGCUUACUGCAUCAUGGGCAGAAGACAGCCUAAUAAGUCCAUCCCGUUUGGAAAUGUUUGUUGACGAGCUUCCAGAUAUGCCCAGAAUCCAUGGUUUCGAUGUUGUCAAUGGUGUUCCUAAACCUAAGCGACUUCGGAUUGGCAUGUUCAAGAAGGAAUGGAAAUUUCAUCGGGAUCUACCUCCGACGCCGGUGUUUGCCUAUGGUGUUUCAAAGCAAAAUGCAACUGUUCCUGGUCCAACAAUUGAGGCCAUGCACAACGUUGACACCUAUGUGACGUGGAAAAAUCACCUCCCUUCAAAGCACAUACUUCCAUGGGAUCCAACCAUCCCAACUGCCAUACCCACAACGAAGAAGGGCAUUCCUACUGUAGUGCACCUCCAUGGUAGCAUUGGUGAACCCGAGAGCGAUGGACAUGCAGAAUCAUGGUUCACUAAUAGAUUUGCAGAGAAGGGACCCACUUGGUCCAAGAAAACUUAUCAUUACCACAACUUUCAGCAGCCAGGAAACUUAUGGUACCACGACCAUGCUAUGGGAUUAACCAGAGUCAACUUAUUGGCUGGCUUGGUUGGAGCCUACAUCAUUCGCCAUCCUGAAGUUGAGGCCCCACUCGGUCUACCUUUCGGUGAUGAGCUUGAUCGGAUUUUGAUGGUGUUUGAUCGAAGCUUUCGUACUGAUGGUUCCAUAUACAUGAACUCUACCGGAAAUAAUCCCUCAAUACAUCCACAAUGGCAGCCUGAGUACUUCGGCGAUGCAAUUAUCGUUAAUGGGAAAGCAUGGCCGCGUCUUACUGUGCGACGUCGUAAAUAUCGAUUUCGCAUUAUAAAUGCCAGCAAUGCUAGAUUUUUUAGAUUCUUUUUCACCAAUGGGCUUCAAUUCAUCCACGUGGCAGCUGACUCUGUGUACCUUGAAGAACCUGUGGCAACAAAUGAAACCCUCUUAGCUCCAUCUGAAGUUGCUGACGUGGUUGUUGACUUUUCAAAGUCAAAGUCUAACACUGUUGUUCUAGCCAAUAAUGCUAAUUAUCCCUUCCCAGAUGGGGACCCAGUCAAUGAAGCGAAUGGAAAGGUGAUGAAGUUCAUAAUCAAACAGAAUCAAGAGGUAGACACGGGGAGAGUGCCCAAAAAGUUGAUAGCAUACCCUUCUCCUGAUUUAUCCAGUGUAUCGCAGACGCGAUACAUUGCUUUGUAUGAAUAUGUGAGCGAUACUGAUGAGCCAAUCCAUCUUUUUAUCAACGCUAAAUCUUAUGAAGAACCGGUGACUGAGACACCAAAAGAGGGGACCACAGAGAUAUGGAAUGUAAUCAAUCUAACGGAAGAUAAUCAUCCGUUGCAUAUUCAUUUGGGAUUGUUUGUGGUGAUGGAUCAAACGAAAUUGAUCAAUAUAGAACAGUUUAAAGCUUGUAUGAUGAAACUGAAUGAUGCGAUUAAAUGCCAAAUAGACAAGUAUGCACGUGGCAAGAAGUUAAAGGUGCAGCCCCAAGAGAAAGGGUGGAAGAACGUAUACAAGAUGACACCCGGAUAUCUGACAAAGAUUGUCGUGAGAUUUGCUUAUAUACACACGAAUGCAUCUUACGCGUUUGAUGCAACCGCAGAGCCUGGUUAUGUCUACCAUUGCCAUAUAUUGGAUCAUGAAGACAAUGUCAUGAUGCGACCCUUGAAGAUAAUCCAUUAAGGAGGCGAACUGGGAACAUUUUAAUCUCUUCAAUAAAAAUUAAGGAUUGGAAUUUGAUACUUGAUAAUGGAGAAAUCCAAAAGCUUAAUCAGUGAUAUGAUACAGCAAUACAAGAAUAGUGUUAAAUCUCAUGUUCACUUUAAAUCUGUGUCUACAAACAUUCGGUGUGCAACUCUUUUUUAUUAUUAACUUUAAAUAAUAUUAAAUUGAAAGCAGUUAAAUUA